CAGAAACUUCCAGAACCAGAAUAAAGACACUAGUUGCUAUAAUUGUGGCCAGGAAGGACAUUUUGCUAGAGAGUGUCAGAGACAGCAGCAACAACAACAAACCAACGGGAGUAACUGGCAGAGCGCUCCCCCACCGCAAGUAUCACUAUACAAACCAAAACCAGAAUGAAACGAGGCAGGGACAGCUGACACCAAAACAGCGAACAAGCAGUACGUGCUAACUUUUUCUAAACCACAAGAAGCCCCCACCGUUGAUCUCUUCGUGAAUGUCUGUGUUGCAGGUGACUGACUGGCAAAGUGAAGACGGGUUCAAAUUCUCCCCCAGUGCUCGCGCUGUUUGCGCUCCUUUCUUUUGGGUCGCGCCUGUCCAACGGGGAAUCCAUGGGGCAGAGAACCGAGAUGUGCCCCCUGAGGAGGCACUGGGAGGCACGUUUUCCCCCUUGCUGAUCGGCCUCCCCGAUUCUCUAUGGGCAAAAGAUAAGUAUGAUAUUGGCCUUAUGAAAGGGGCAGAGCACCUAACAUUCACACCAAAAAGCACACACCGGCCUAGCCGCACCCAGUAUUCUCUCAGCAAGGAAGCACAGGAAGGCAUUGCUCCUGUGCAUGCGUCUUUGGUCUCUAGAGGAGCUAUCGUGCCCUGCCCAGAGUCGCCUUGCAACACCCUGAUUCUCCCGGUCCGCAAAGCCUCGGGAGAAUGGCGAUUUGUCCAAGACCUCAGGUUAGUAAAUGACGCGAUACAUGCAAGGGCCCCUAUUGUGCCAAACCCAGUUACUGUUUUGUCAUUUUCUUUACAGGACGUAGCUGACUUACAACACAGUGUGGGUCCUGCCGAGAUAGCUCUGUGGAAAAACAAAUGCUUUUAUGAUUCUACUCAUAAGAUUUGGCGAGGACCCACUGGGUUACCUGCCCUUCCCCAUUCAUGUUUCCCUUAUGUAGCUAAGUUGGCACACGGCCAAGACCAUGUGCCAAAGGGAGGGGUGGUGAAUGUCGUUAACAAUUUUUCGUUUGCUCCAGGUUUUUCUACAUAUGCUAACCAAUUUUGUGCUAAUUGUGUGAUUUGUAUGACCAACAAUAUAGGCCGCAGCACGCCCAUGUCCGUAUCAGCUCAUCCGAGGCCUGAGGGCCCCCAUGUCAUGAUGGAUUUUAUUGAAUUAACACCUUGCCAAGGUUACAAGUACUGUCUUGUGAUAAUUGACGCUUUUUCUAAAUGGAUUGAAGCAUUCCCAUGCAGACAUGCCACAGCUAUGGCAGUAGCAAAAAGCCUGAUGAGAGAGAUUAUACCCCGAUGGGGUCUGCCAUCUAAAUUGACAUCUGACAAUGGUUAUCAUUUUGUGAACAGUGUGGUACAGAACAUUUCUGAAAGCCUACAAAUUGAUUUACGCACACACUGUAGCUACCACCCCGCAAGCGGAGGCUUGGUGGAGAGAGCGAACCAAACAAUAAAAACUAAACUAGCUAAGCUCAUGGCUGAAACAGGGCUCUCCUGGGUUACAGUAUUGCCAUCGGCCCUGAUGUACAUGCGCGGACGCACGCACAGUACUACAGGGCUAGCACCCCAUGAAGUAUUGACGGGAUGCCCAAUGCGGAUGCUGAACACACCUUUUCCUCAAAAUAGGCUCACCCUAAUGGGAUGUGAGGAUGAAAUGGUAAAAUAUUGUGCUUCUCUUAACAAUGUUCUGAAGUCUAUUUUUCCCAGGGUAAAAGCCGCCCUACCCGAGCCUAAGAAAGGGGCGCUCCACAAGCUCCUGCCAGGGGACUGGGUGAUCAUCAAAGAUCUCCACCGGAAGCAUUGGCAUCAACAACGCUGGACAGGUCCAUUCCAGGUGCUCCUGACAACGCAGACAGCAGUGAAAGUCGCUGAACGAUCAACGUGCCCUAUAGCCCGAAGGGAGAUGUAUCGCCCCCUGGAACAACGUAGACGGCUCGGAUGGCCUUGGGACAGUCAGCUUUGGACCCCCAGAGUCCUGAUUGUUAUUUUUCUUGGCAGCAUAUUAACUGUGUUUCUCAUCUGGCUCUUAACUGAACUUAAAGAUAAUAAAAAAGAGCCAGAUAUUACAAACCACAGCUACGCUGAAAAUCGCACAGAACUAAAAAGAACAUUGCACACAUGGAACAUGAUCGAAAACAUGCGGACAACGGUUGGUGGGCAAUGCUCAACCAUACUGUACGGAACACUGAACAUUACUGACAAUGGUUUAUAUAUGGCAUAGUGAUAUUGUUGUUGUUUUUGCUUAUCAUAACCUGCAUGAAAAAGUUAUGUACUAAAACUGUUGACACUGUUUUAAACAUGCCCCUACUUACUAAUGAUGACCAGUGUAAUGAUUCAAAUGAUGAUCCUUUCAACAAAAUGGCAAAUGACCUGAUGAGUAUUUAGGAGGUCGUAAUUCCCGGUAGUUAGAGGUUCUGAACUACCUACAUAUGGGAGCUUGUCUUGAUUAAGAUAAUGGGGAAAAUCUGUAAGCGGGAUACAUUGGGUCGUCACUUUGUUUAUAUUAUACUACAUGUUAAACUUUGUAAAUCUUGCUUUAACUUGUAUUAUUGUGUGUGUUUGAAUCCAUUUUCUGAAUAAGGUUGAGACAUUAGUCUCAAAAGGGAGGGAAUGUAAUAGAAAUGUUACAGAAAAUAGAAUUGGCUCGACAUAAUGUACUGGCAUUUUGCACUCCUAUAACCUUGCUCGCAUAACCUUGUAUGCUUUGCCUAAGAUAAAGUUGAAACAAGGAACCGCAAGAUGCCUACACUGCAGCUGUUUCUGUGAAGAUAACAGGAUGAGCCAGACGUGUCUUUUACCCAAACUACCCAUCCUGUUAUCUGCUUGCUUAGCUAUAUGCCACGUAUGCAUAGUUAUAAGUUGUUUUUUCUUAUAUGCUAAUAUCUGAAUCAUCAUUGGCUAACCCUCUGCCUUGCUGACAGUUUUAAGGUAUAUAAGAAACUGAUCUAACUCUGUAUGUUGGAACACUGCUCGAUGAUUAUCUAGCACCCUGUGUGUUGAGAGUGUUUUCAGUUUGCAAACUUAAGAAAUAAAGGCCUGUGUGUUUGGAACUCGCAGUCUCUCUUCCUUUUAUUAGA